GUUUCGCUCUUCGUGAAGCGCCUUUGUUCUGACUGGGACAACCUCGCCGCUGGAAUGCGGAAAUGCUGGACCUACAAGGAUGCAGUGUUGUUGCACACGGCUUGUGGCAUGUUCUUGCACAUGGACAACCUGCUGCGAGCGAAAGCCCUGGCAUCUGAGUACAAUGCGGCUUCUGGGAAGCUGCUUGAACAGUUCAUGUGUGGCAUCAUGGAUGCUGAGUUGAUCCAUGUGGCAGAAAAUGGCGUCCCUCCUGGCAACAUUCAAGACGUGAGCUACUUCAGGAGCAGUUGCUGUUUCAAUGUAAGGACUGUGGUGAGCAACUAUGAAUCGAAGAUCACCUUGGAGGCUGAGGAGCGGACCUUGGUGCUCAAGCGGAAAGUGGCGCAGGCGACGCUUGAGCAGGUGGAAGCUGAGAUUCAAGCUGAUGUGGCUUUGAUUCGUGCAUCACUACCAAGCAAAACGAACGAAGCAGCUGAGACCGCUCAAGAUGUGAAGUACGCAAAAGCCAGACAGGCCCAGACUAGCAUGACAACGGUUUGCAAGAACAAGCGAAAGAUCGAGGAUGCCCUGCUGACCGCGGACACGGACUUCUCCCAGGCAUUGACUUUGAUUUUUGCCAAGGAGACCGUGAGGGCAAACAGUGACAAGAAAGGCAUCCCGUGUCACGAGAGCAUCAUCAAAGGAUACCUGAAGGGGAUGACUUUUUCAGACAAAGACCGCGUGAUUUUCCUUGACCUCGUCCCCAACCGGUAUGCCGAGUUUGGAAGAGCAUGUGUUCGGCGAACUCUUGCAGGAGAACACCAGCCACCAGUGAUCUACUAUGGCCUGAUGCGGAAGGAACACAAAGAUGUGAGCACGCAGAUUGAGACGGAGGUGUUCCAACAUUGGGACUCCUUGUCAACUUCGCCGGCAAAGACAAGACCCCGUCCGAGUGCUGAAGUGGAGACUGUGUCGGGUUUGAAAUUGCUCACGCAUGAUUCGGAUGGCAACUUCGGAUUCCCAGAGCACAUCAUGAGGAAGUUUGAGAAGGACACCGAGGAGUACAAGAAGCUAGCGAAGCUCAAAGCAGACUUUGAGAAAGAAGCGCCGUCGCGAGCUGCAGCUCCGAGAACGCGCGAUGGUGGAGCGCCACGGGUCCGAGGGCAGCCAGACUUCAGCAUCAACGACGGUAAAAGGCCAAUUGACAUUGAGGAUGUCGUGGACUUGGAGGUAAAGGCGCCCCCAGACGCUUCUCAGAGGUUGGCUACAAUCAUCGGGAAAGCCACCAAACCGUCCAUCAUCAUUGACAAGGACUACAAGGUAUGGGUUGGCAAUGAGCACAGUGAGAAGCUGACUGUGUGCGGCUGCGAAUUGUUUGGGUUCAAUACGGGAAACUACGAGGAGAGGCUGGUUGAUGGCGGGAAGCGCCAUGCGAGCGGGAUUGCGUGGCGCGUGGUCUCCGAUUUCGACUUGGUCUCCUAUGAGAGAAAGUUGACACCCGACGUGACGGUGCUGGAUCAUGAGCUGAGCCCCAAGCUUCAUGCACCAGCUGACGGGGAGAGUGAGGCUGUCCCGGUGGCCUUCCGGUAUGACAUUCGUCCGUUGCGAUCCCUUCGCACCAACGUGUUCCGCCCAAACAACAUCCAGGGUGAUGUAAAG